AAACUGAAUGAUUCUUUCUGAACUGAAUACAUGAGCGGAAUAGUCUCCAACUGACUCGGUUACCAGCAUUUACCUGUGCGUGCAUCACCAGAAGCUGAAUACAGAAAAUCUAAAAGGAGAUCACAUAUAACAAUGGUGCAUGACAAUGAGCAAGAAAGAUACAUCAACGAGUUUGAUCCAAAGGAUUAUUAUGAAACCUAUUAUAAUCCUACAUCAGGAGCUUUGAUUGGAGAAUGGACAAAUUUUGCUUUAAAGAAUCUUCAUGGACUCUUCUCUACAGGUAAUAUCGUAGGGGAUACCUUGAUCGAUUUUGGUGCUGGGCCGAGCAUCCUUAAUCUCCUUUCAGCCUGUGAGGUGUUUAAGAAUAUAAUUACUUCUGACUUUCUUGAGCAAAACCGUGCUCAGCUGAAUAGAUGGCUAAAAAAGGAACCUGGGGCAUUUGACUGGACUCCAGCUGUCAAGUUAGUAUGUGAGCUUGAAGGAAACAGUGACAAUUGUGAGAAAAAGGAAGAGAAACUGAGGAAAGCUGUGAAACGGGUUCUACAAUGUGACGCACUAAAAAAGAAUCCAUAUGAACCAAUCGUUCUGGAACCAGCUGAUUGCCUCUUGAGCUGUCUCUGCUUAGAAGUCCCAUGUCUGAAUGCAGCCGCUUACUGCAACACCCUUAAAAAUUUCAUGGACUUGCUCAAGCCAGGGGGCCAUAUCAUAAUACAGAGUGUACUAAAUUGUACAUUUUAUUACAGUGGGAACACGAGAUUUUCGUGUCUGGCAAUGACAAAAGAAGAGAUUGAAACGGCUUUUAAAGAAGCUGGUUAUGAAAUUAAGAGGAUGGAUGUUGUCCCUCGAGAAGACAGAUCGAGGAUGGACCUUGCUGAUUACGAUAGUUUAUUUUGCGUUCAUGCCCGUAAACCAGCUACCGUGUGAACAGACCCUCACAUCUUGCACAGUGAAUUACGCUUCUUUCUUGUUAAUGCAAUAUUUUAUAACAUUGUACAAAUUGGUGUGGAGGUCAGUUUAUCUGUAUUUGGUUUAGGGGAUCUAACUAUAUAAACAAAAUAAAGUAGUGGGAUUAAAAGCCAGAUACUCAAAGUAUUGUGUUACAAAAUGUUCUCUGUAAUAAAAAUGUGUGAAAUCUUAAAUGAUUUAUGCAUAAACACAGACAGAAAUAUAAAUUUUAUGUAAUUGCGCAUGCGAUAAUAGAUCAAUAAUGUUCGCUACCUUUAACCACCAUUACUCAAAUUAAACCUCACUUCCUGUAGACUUUAA